AUGUGGUUGGAUUUGUACUUGGGAAUGGCAGUUUUUCUCAGUGUAGAGUGCAAACCAUUGAACAAGGGGACACACAACAAGUUGCUAGUGAUCUCCUUUGAUGGUUUCCGAUGGGACUAUGAUCAAGACGUAGACACCCCUCACAUGGACAAGUUAGUGGAAGAUGGAGUGAAGGCAAAGUACAUCACCCCUCCGGCUAUCACCAUGACGUCCCCAUCUCAUUUUACCACCAUAACUGGGAGAUGGAUAGAGGAUCAUGGAGUUGUUCAUAAUAUGAUGUUUAAUUCCACAACUCAUCAGAAAGUCGGCCAUAAAGCUACCUUGAAGAGGUCUGAGUGGUGGGACAAUGGAGCCUUACCGUUGUGGAUUACAGCACAGAACCAGGGCCUGAAGACAGGUUCCUUUUUCUUUCCAGGAGGAGGAGCCAACUACAGUGGUCAAAGUGUAAACCGGGCGGUGGUUGAGGAAACAGGUCAACAAGAUGAUAACGAAACAGAGUGGCAUCAGAAUAUUGACACUGUUUUGAGCUGGUUCACCAAAGAAGAUUUUGACUUUGUGACUCUGUACUAUGGAGAGCCUGACAACGUGGGCCAUGCCAAAGGACCAGACCAUCCUGACAGGAAAACCAUAAUAAAGCAGAUUGACCGCACCAUCGGAUACCUGAGGGAGGCCAUCCAGCGAGAUGGUUUGACAGACAACUUGAACAUCAUCAUCACCUCUGACCAUGGCAUGACCACCGUUAAAAAAAGACCUCUUGUAGAUGAGAUAAUCCUCUCUAAAUACCUGAAUUUCUUCAACUUGGUUUAUUUUGAGCUCCUUGAUUACGGUGGGUUUGGAAUGAUCACACCGAAGAAAGGAAAGGAACAGCAGGUUUAUGAUGCUCUCAUGAAGGCCCCAAACCUCACAGUCUACAAGAAGGAAGAUAUGCCAGAGAACUUUCAUUUGUCCAAGAAUGACAGAAUGCAGCCUAUUAUUGUCAUUGCUGAUCUAGGUUUCAACUUAAACUCGCGGUUGAUCGUCUACGUAAACAAAGGAGAUCAUGGAUUCCACAUGGACGAAAUGGACAUGAAGACCAUCUUCCGUGCUUUUGGACCAGAUUUCAAGAAGAGUUAUCUGUCCGAGCCCUUUGACAGUGUCCACAUCUACCCUCUAAUGUGCAAGCUGCUGCAGAUAGAUCCAGCCCCUAACAAUGGCUCCCUAUCUGUCACUGAGGGCAUGCUGGUUCAGAACGGUACGGCUGUGAGCUUCUCCUGGAAAGCAUUUUAG